AUGAAUCUGAAACCUCUUUUUUGCCCUGGAUUGCUUCUGCUGCUUAUUGUCAGUCAAAACCAGGCAGGGGCCAGAUCCAUUUCCAGCUUACAGAGUCUGUCCAAAUUGUUAGAUGAGGACCUGGAGCAUCCCCUGGUCUCAGAAGAGAGGGACCAUGAGCAAGAUGACCUGAUCCCAGCAGGUGUCUUUGAUCAGCAAGACACUGAACUCCAGUGGAUCCAAAACACCAGGGACCAGCCCGAGAGCAUUUCCAUGGGUGAUGAAGUGAUCCGGAGAUUCUUCAGUGACCUCCUGAGUUUAUCCCGUAGAUACCAAGGCAGAAGAAAAAAGGGCCUCUCCAGGGGCUGUUUUGGUGUCAGACUAGACAGAAUUGGGUCACUGAGUGGACUUGGAUGCUGA